GGGCGGACAAUUCUUCCACAUACAUCUGUAUCGCUCGAACCUACGCUCAGGCUUUCAACUACUUUAGCGGCCACGACAGUCCCAACUUUGAGCACUGGAAGUCCGUGAAGGUCGAGGUCACAUCGACGAACAACGAGGAUCUUGCCAAUAGGAUUGCGGCACUCGAGGAAGGUUAUCUUGACCUUAUGGAGAGCAACGUUGAUCUCAAAGAGAACAUCUUAGAUCUUCAGAAAAGGGUUGCUCAGCUGGAGUGCAAUAAGGCCAAGCAGGACGCUAAAGUCUCCAUCCUCCACAACGCCCUGUUCAUCGCGUCUGACGCCUAUAAUGGCCACCACUACUAUCUGACUCAACACCAACCCACUUCCUACACCAACGCUGAGAAAGUCUGCAACGCCAUGGGCGGAUACCUUGCAGAGGUGGACACCGUAACAGAGUUUCGCUUCAUUCAAGCUUUCUUACGUCGGAAGAUAAAGAGCAGUCAAGUUAUCCUUCUAGGAGGUACGGAUGCCAACAGCGAGGGUACAUUUAUUAACCCUAACAGCAGCACGCAGGGCUACUCAGAAUGGUACCGGAACCAGCCGGAUAAUGGUGGUUAUAAGGAGCACUGCAGGUCGAUUAUGGAGUCCUUAGGACACGACAUAGGCAAAUAUCUCAUGAACGAUAUCCCCUGUGACAUUGUAAAUGACAACUUUUAUAAGCAUGGUUACCUGUGCGAGGUGCCAUCAACUGUUGAUGUCAGACAAGAGACCUGUGAGUUUUAAAGCAGGAAGUUCUAUUUUGUUGCAUAUCUUAAGAUUAUGUAUUCUGCUUGCUACUAAGACAUGAUGUGCUAAGAAUAAUUCCUUCUUUUGGUAUGUAUUUCAAAUAAUUAUUAAUUAUAUCCAUUCAAGGUAUCAGGAAAGAAACAAGACGUCCAAUUCCAACACUCAGCGGUGAAAAGUACAACACCUUGUAUAACAAUCAAUUACUGUAAUUUCAAAAUCUUCACAAAUACUUGCAGUGGAAAUGAAGAAGCGCAAUUCUAAUGAAAUCAGAUUUUAUUUUUCUCUGAUCAUUGCAAAUAUUCAAAACGAGCUCCUUUCCCCUCGUCAAACCGUCGCACAUGUCUUACAAAACUCGACAUCACAUUUUAGCUAAGUUACUUUUGCCUUAGUCAUGGUCAAUCACCUUAUUUCACGCUUCAGUUCAGCGUGAUCUCCUGGACAACACUCUUUAACUUAAAGAAACCUCAUCAGAAAAAGCACAAAAUAAAACAAGCAACCCCCCCCCCCCAUAACAACCCAAAAAAGCCACACAAAAAAGAUGGGCAUAAUUCCGAGGAUUGGUCACCCAAUUGUUCCCUUUUUUCCUUCAAAUCAAGCGAUCAUGGAAAACGUCUUGCAGCAGUAUGUUGAUGGUUGCUCUAGCUGUGUUAGGCGGUACUCCAUCCUGUUAGAGCUACGCUUGCUGUGCAUCCAAGCCCUUUCCCUGUCUCCUAAGCAAUGUUUUAAACCACAUGAAAACUGACCUGUAAUUUAUCCCAUUUAUCUAUCGUCACAGUUGUACAUGUUUAGCGC